AUGACUAAACUACCAAUUGCACCUUUGCCACCAACACCUCCUAAAAUCUAUAGAGUUGAACCUAAUGAUUUCAAGGAUGUUGUCCAAAUGCUCACUUCAUCUCCCGAGUUUCAAUCUGUCUCCAAUGAUUCUAUCUCUCGUUCUGAUUCUGGUUUUGGCUCUGGCUCUGGCUCUAGUUCUUUCAACUCAAGGCGUUUACAAGAUAUUGCUCCUCCACCACUUGAUCUCUCACCGAUUUCUUUAGAAAGAAGUAAUGACAACAACAAUAAUAAUAAUAUUGUUGAACAAUGGCGUGUGUUCCUUCGUCCUUCUUCUUCCUCUAACAUUAACCAAGUAGUUGAAUCAAUUGAAACAUGCAUUGACUCAACAAAUAAUGAAGCACAAGAAAGAUCACAUGUAACGCCCCGGAUUCCAUCAGAAAAUUAUUUUGGAUCGUGUAGUCCAUUGGCUAAUUUCCCUCUAUCGCCGGCUUCUUUUGCAUGGUGUUCUUCUAUUCUUCUAAGCCCGGGUACUCUUACUUCACCAAGCGCGGUUCUUUAG